CUUCUAUUCAUGUUUCCAGAGGUCGCUUUAUUUUGCUCUUUGAUUUGUUUUGAAAUUUGGUAUGAAUGUUCAAUGUUGAUGUUCAGAAUUGACUGAUUAAUGUGAUUUACUGUGUUUUCAGUUUAUAACUUCAUCAAUUAUUUAUUAUUAAUUUAAAUUUGGUGAGGAACAAACGAUCAGUGCAAGAUGAAAAAUGAACAAGAUUUACAACAUCAGCAGCAGCAGCAGCAGCAGCAACAACAACAACAACAACUUCAACAUCAACAUCAGCAACAAUCUCAACAAUCAAAUCAACAACAACACCAAUCUCAAGCCCAAUUGCAACCACAAACAUUAGUUUACUCGCCUCAAGUUCCAAUCCAAUGUAGUCCGAUGUAUUCACCACAAAUUAUGCUUUCACACAAUGGUACUAUCAUGCCUAUUACGGCUUUACAACAAGCUGGAGGGAAUCUUAUUCAAAUGACACAUCAAUAUGGUAAUAAACAGAAUAAGAAUGUAGCCAUUGCUGCUUCACCACAACAACAAAUGCAAGCAUCUCAACAACAACCACAAAUCACGCUAGUAGCUUCUCAACUACCAACAAUUAUACCGAAUAACCAGCAACCAACCAUUCUGCCCAAUCCUGGUAAAUCUAAUGAACCAAGAGGGAAAUUGGCUGCCCGAAAUAUCUCUAAUUCUGUUUCUCCUAAGGUAAUAUCUCAAGGAACUCAACAGAUUCAACCUAAAUCACCUCAUAUUCUCCCUCAAUCGGUCAUCACUAGCCAACAAGGUUUGAUGGCACAACAAUUCAAAACACUGCCGCAAAAUAGCUUUAUUACCGGUCAAUCACCACAAGCAUUGAAUAAUCAAUAUUUUAUUCAAGCUUUCCCUGGACCUACUGGACCUACUAUAUUAGCGCCAAACAACCAACAUUAUCUUCCUAGAGCUUCAAAUCAAUCUGACAUGGUGAUAGUGGCACCUAACUCUUUCAACACUACACCAUUUUAUAUAAAUCAGAGUGGUACAGCCUUUGUUAGUAGCAAUUCUCUUAGUGGCACUUCGGUCAUAUCAGUUUCUUCAAAUAAUUCUCACACUGCCACCAAUACAACCCAAUCAGGGAUAAAUAAAGGGCAAACAUGUAUGAUUGCACCAGCAACUCAACAUACGCCAACAACAAAUCGAUAUAAAAAUUUAAAACCCGCCAUAGUUCAGUCAUCUAUUGGUACACAAACAUCUACAUCAGCUCCUUCAACAACUGUAUCUCAAACAUUAACUCCAAUAAUUACUCAUAAUCAUCCUACUAAUAAUACUUCUACUACAACAUCAAUGAAUGUCUCGAAAGGAAAGUCAAAUAAAAACAUUCAAAGCUCAACAAAUAAAAUACCAAUUGAGAAACAAGGAUCAGAGGCACGUCAAACUAUGACUGUUACAUUGAUCCCUCAAGUUAAUAAUCCAUUGGCUGCACAAUCAAUCAGUGAGAAGAUGAUUUCUCAAGAUAAUUCUUGUAAUACCAGUACAAUGGGGACAGAUCCGAUGGGGGCCAAUAAAACCGAUGGGUCUUAUCAGACACCUAAAGCAAUUAAUGAUGAAAGUAAAUUUGCUCAAAAUGUUCCGAACAAGGGCCAAGAAAAAUUAAAAAAUAAAACUGUGGCUGCGCGAAGUGUUUCAAAUAAUGCUCUGAAAGAAAAGAUGAUCCAAUCUCCAAGCAGAGAUGUGGACGGGAAAAAAGAUGCUGCUACUGGAAACGAUGUUGGUUUGAUGACGCCAGUGAUCUCUGAGAACAAUGCUCCUCAAGAUAUGAAUAAUUUGAAUAAUGGACGUAAAAAAUCUACUAAUGGUGUUGCUAGAUCAAAUGGAGCAAAAAGUCCACAAAAAGCUAUAGUCAAACCUUAUGUCAAUGAAUCAGGUGUGUUAACACAUGUUAUAGAUGGAUUUGUUAUUCAAGAAAGUCAAUCACCAUUCCCUAUAAAUACUGAAGGUUCUCAAGAAGCAAAUUCAGAGGAAACAAUUAUUGAAUCAAUCAAUGAAGAUGAAGACAAAGACAAAGAGGAUACAAUUAUUAUGAAUGAUCAAAUGCUUGGUAAAAAUGUGUCCUCGGAAGCAGCAAUUGCACCUCUGAAAUCUAAAAUUGACGCUGUAUGUGAAUAUUGUGGUAAAAAUAUCACAAAAGGAAACAAGAAGAAAAAGUCUAAACGUUUUUGUUCCAAUAUUUGUGCCAAAAAGUUUUCUAAUAAUGCAAAUAUUCCCAGUAUUGUCAGUACGGAAGAUUUUGAAUCACCAGACAAAAAUAUGAACAAAUUUACUGUUGAAUCUAUUCAAGAUUCAAAAACAGAUAAUAGUCCAAAUCGUGAACAUAAUAUUAAGAAGCCAAAAACCGAUAUCUCACCAAAUCGAGGUAAUGCUGAAGCUCCAUCUGAAUCCAUGGACACAAAUGAAGGAGGUUUUAUCCCUGCAAGCGGAACAAAUCCUAAUCUAUGGAAUGUCCAAGAUGUUUAUGAUUUUGUACGAAAUUUACCUGGAUGUCAAGAAUAUGCUGAUGAAUUUAAAUCCCAGGAAAUCGAUGGACAAGCACUCAUGUUACUUAAGGAAGAUCAUCUUAUGUCUGCUAUGAGUAUGAAGCUUGGACCCGCUUUGAAAAUUUGCUCCAGGAUCAAUUCAUUAUUCAGAGCUGAAGCUGCUAAAGCUCAACAAUAAUUUAUGAAAAAUUAGUUCCAUUGUCUAUGAGCAUUUCAGUAUACCUUUCAAUCAAUUUUUUAAAUCUGUGAUGCUUCAUUAUAUUUUUUUUGACUUGACAAAUCUAUUAAUCUCAUAAGUUUUACUGAUUAACUUUUUUUGAUUUGAAUCAUGGAAAACUAGAUCAUCCCAGCGUAUAAAUUAUUUUAUCAUCAUCAAUGGUGAUUAGAUGUGAUACCACAUCUUAUUCAAACUUAAUUAACUAAUCAUCGUCGUUACAUUCUCAUUGCGACUUCAUCUCAUCGCAUCCAAAUGGAUAAAUAUAUUUGCCAUUGAAUCGUGACUAUUGACUUAUUCAACCAAUGAACUUUUUAUCCUGAUCAUUUUGUAUUUUUAUCCAAUUUUUUUAUGAAAAUACCAUUUCCCUUUUGCUUAUAUAUAUUUAUAAAAGUAAUGCACCUUUUCAUCUGAAUCUAUCUGUACAAUGAUUCGGUGAUAUUUUCCGCUCCACCUCAUCCAAGUUAACUUUAUAAAUUUAUUUCUUAAAUUAUGAA